AGUAUAUGGUACUAGUAAGUGAAACCUAACCUACAGUCCUGCACCCUAACACCCAGGAGUCUCAGGACGCCAUCAUCGCCAUCAUCCCUUUUCCAUCAUACCCCAAAUAUUAUCUCCGUGGUGAGUUACUUCUGGAGGCAAUUUUGUAAAGCUUGUUCCCAGGGACUCCACUUAAUCCUAUCCAACCCCUACCCUCCCGCCAUAAACAUCUCCAAACGACGAUAGAAUAAACAUCGGAAGAUAUCGAGAGAAAUUAGCGUGAAGGCGGGUUAGAGAGUGCUAGCUCACGAUUAUAAACUGGAGGGUGGAAAAGUCAAAACGAGGGAGAAAAAGCGAGUGAUGACUGAUAAAUCGAGUAACGGAGAAUACAAGUAUCAGAUGGAUGACGAAGGGGGUGGAGCUGGUAGUGGUGGUGAAGACCAGCCGAGGAUACCUUUGGAGAAGGACAGAGAGGAAAAAGAUCAUCAGGCAGACAAGGUUGGCGAGUACAUGAGAGAGUUGCUCGCUGAAAAACUUGCCAUCGAUCCUCAGAAGUGGCCCAAUGCCCUCCGCCUCAUCGAUCAAGAGAUUCAGAAGACACAGGCCAUCGGAAAACCAGUUCGUGAUCCUAAGUAUGUAGAUAUCUACAGGGAGAAACCUAUAAGGGUGUCUGUCAAGGUCCUGGUGCCCGUGCGAGAGCAUCCGAAGUUCAACUUUGUCGGAAAACUAUUGGGACCAAAGGGUAAUUCAAUGAAACGUCUGCAAGAGGAAACCAUGUGUAAAAUGGCAGUAUUGGGUCGUGGAUCGAUGAAAGACAGACAAAAGGAGGAAGAAUGCAGACAAUCUUUGGACCCAAAAUAUGCUCACCUUGCUGACGAUUUGCACGUAGAAAUAGCGGCUCUCGCUCCACCAGCGGAAGCACACGCUAGAAUCGCAUUCGCUCUUGCUGAAGUACGAAAGUACCUCAUACCCGAUAACAAUGACAAUAUAAGACAGGAGCAAAUGAGGGAGAUGGAGCUGAGCAUGUCGGAUGACCCUAGCUCCAGCGAUGAGAGACGACCUAGCUCCAGAUCUACAGGGAUUCUAAGACCAAGCAGUCGACCUGCACCUCCAAGGUCCUCACGCGCUAUGCUUCCGCCACCAUCGUCGCGUGGAUUGAUAACUCGUCCUGUCCCAGCAAAAACGAAAGUGUUUUCCAUUUUGGAUCGAGCUAGAGUAGCCAUGGAUCAGAGUUAUGGACUCUCCGGCGAUAGAUAUGAUGAUCCAACACCACCUCCACCUCCCAGUCGUUCCCACCACGAUUAUGAUUAUCAUGGAUCAUCAAGCAGCAGCAGCAGAUACGAUCGCCACUACUCACCUCCUUCUUCUGCUUAUAGAGAUGAUGUUUACUCAUCUUCGAGAUACAGUACUUAUGACUAUGACGAUGAUCCUCCUCCACACUCAUCGCAUGACUACUACGAAACCUCUGAUUAUCCCGAGGAGUCUUCGGGUAGAGCUUGGAAAUCCUACAAGACAACAACAACCUCCGGUUCAGCAUCACGAUAUCGCUCUGCUCCGUACACUCGACCGAGCAAGUAAAUAUGUAUUUUCUUUUGUCUAUCUAACUGAAUGAAAAGAAAACUGUAAAUUUUUACAAUGGAACGAUUUAAUUCUGACCGGUCUGGCUAAUUUAUUCAUAUAAAAUAGUCCUGCAAAUUUUCAAAAUCAACCGCGAGAAAAUUUAUCAUUUUAUCAUAAUUAACAAAUUAAAAACAAAAAAGCACUGACUAAUUGUCUAUUCAGAAUGGCAAUUAAACAUAAGUCAUCGUAGUUAAGAAAAAAAUGACUAAAUAAAUUUAUUUGAAUAAAUCUAAUGAUGAACGAGCAUAAACAUGGGAAUAAAUAUGGAGGAGUGAAAUUUCCAGAGA